AGUGAGCGUACGGAUAACUAAUUAUUAAUAAUUGUCAUAAGUAACAAUAAUAAUAUUACAAUGGAAUCCCUGAAAGACACCAAAAUUAUCAAGUUCCACCCAGAUACGCUGGAGGCCAUCAGAAAACUAUAUGGCCUGGAUCAACCGGGAGCUAUAAAUGAUGCAAUAGAUAUCCUCCAGGAGUGGACGAAGAAGCAGGAUCACUUCAUGAAGAAGGAUUUCAGUCGAGAAUUUCUGGAAAGGCUUCUGAUUAGGUCAAAAGGUUCAGUAGAGCGGUCAAAACAGACUCUGGAUAAGUUGUGCACUGCCAAAACAUUGAUGUCAAAAUUCUUUGCAAACUGCAACGUGAAGGAACUAACACACUUAGAAAUCGUCGAGGAUGUCAUCCUUCCGAGGCUCACCAGUGACUAUUACAGGGUGUAUCUACUGAGAAACGUUGGUCAAGAAUUCGAGUACGAAUUUUACACGAAUUAUUUUAGGAGACUGGUUUAUCUAUUAGAAUAUGAAUACAUAAAUGAUUACGUUGCCGGAGUAGUGGCCAUAUUUGACUUCAGACAAAUGAAUUUGGGAGCACACUUGAGGAAACUCAGUUUUGUUGAUCUGCAGCAGUUCCUUACAAUGGCUAUGGAAUGCUACGGCUUCAGGAUUAAAGGCAUCCACUUCAUAUCCACGUCAAAACUGGUAGAAGCACUGGUCGCCAUGUUCAAACAGAUCCUCAGUGGUAAAGUGGCCAGUCGUAUCUAUGUUCAUAACUCGUUAGAAUCGUUACAUGAACAUGUGGAGAAAGCCGUGUUGCCGAAAGACUAUGGAGGAGAUGAGAUGACGUUGACAGAAAUUCACCAAUUAAAACUGGACACACUAACCACUGAAGAGUUCAUGGACUACAUGAAGAUGAUGAAUGCUGCUGGCACCAACGAGGCGUACAGACAGGCUGACAAGUACAAUGAGCAAGUCAUGGGGAUGCCUGGAUCUUUUAGAACUUUAAGGGUAGAUUAGUGUAAGCUAAAAGGCCGGAUAUAUCAAACCGGAAAGGGAUCGUAACCGUAUCAAUGGUAUCAACGCGAGGCGGUCAGUAUUCUUUUUAUUAAACUCUAUACCUACUUCAAAGCACACUCGCCUCGCGAAAGGCGAUGACAGCUCGCUAAAGGCUUGAUCCCUUUCAGAGUUGAUAUGUCUGCUAUGACCAUAAAGUUUCUGGCUCAUAGCCGGCGUGUUAGUAGCGUUACUUAUGUCGACGACUUGUACUUUCUAUGACAAUUGACAGUAUGUCAAAAGUCGGGGAGUGUGUAGACUGCACGUUCCGUGUUAUCUUCAUCAUCAUCAUUUCAGCCAUGACGUCUACUGCUGAAUAUAAGUCUCCUCUAAUGAUUUCCAGUUUGGCCGGUUGGCAGCGGCCUGCAUCUAACGUCAUUCUGCAACCUUUAUGAGGGCAUCUGUCCACCUUGUGGCUGAACCUCACAGUUCACACGCUGCGCUUGGCUUAAUAUAGAUUUUUUUUAUAAUUAACAUUUGUUGCAUAGUAUUAUUUAUUUUACAACUAACAACGCCGGCUG